UGUAUAUUAUAAAUUUCAAAAUGGACCAUCAGAAGUAUAAGGUGUCACUUAACAUGUAUGAUUUGUCAUAAGGAAUGGUCAGACAAUUUUCACCUAUGUUUUUGGGGAAGUAAAUUGAUGCAAUAUGGCAUACUGGAAUUGUAGUUUAUGGAAAGGAAUAUUAUUUUGGUGGUGGUAUCUGUGCUUAGACUCCAAAAUCAACUAUCUAUGGAUAUCCUAUAGAGGUUUCAUGUUUUGAUUUGAUGAUUAGGAAAGAGAAUUGGGAGAAACUGAAAUACCUCAAGGCACAUUUGAAGAAUUCUUAAGAAGCAUCAGUUCGAAAUAUACUAUGGAAAAAUAUGAUCUAUUUGAGAAUAAUUGCAAUAAUUUUACUAAUGAAUGUGCUUUAUUUUUAGUUGGCAAAGGCAUUCCAGAAAAUAUAAUAGGUAUUCUAUAAUAUCACUAUCCACAUUAGGAUUGCCUCAAGAAUUUUUAAAUACUCAAUUGGGGUAAAUGCUUAAACCAGCUAUUGAGUAGUUCACUAAUAAAUAAGCUACAGCUUAAACAGAGCAUUUUAAUGAUCUUUAGAAUUAAUAAUUGUUGUCACCAUCAAAUUUCUAAAAUAUUAAUGCAUAAAUAAUAAACUAACCUCUAGCAUAACCAUAACCUCAAUCAUCAUAACCAAUUUCAUUAAACCAAAAGGUUUAGCCAGCUUAGUAACCACCUUAAUAACAAUCAAUAACAGAUACCAAUGUUACAGCAAUUGAUGAUUUGACUACUUAUUUAUGUUUGAUAGAGAGCAGUCCAGUAAGCAUUGUUGAUUUCUAUACAGAUUGGUGUGGACCAUGCAAGACUAUAAAACCAUUGUUUCAUAAGUUAUCUUUAGAACACCCUCACAUCAAUUUUUAUAAUGUGAAUAUUGAUAAGGUAUUCUACUCUUUAGAAUUGAUAAGGUGCGAGAGAUUGCAGACUCCUUACAAGUGUCCAGCAUCCCAACAUUUAUUAUAUAUGAAAAUGGAUAGCAGAAAGAGAGAUGGACAGGUGGAAACCAGUAAACCUUAAUAAACAAUUUAUAAAAAUUAAAAUGA